AUACAGAGAGAAUUUGAACAGCUUUUCAGAACAGUGGAUAACAAUAUCAGAUUUAAUUAUUUGAAAAAUUUCAAGAAAGUAAGAGUCACUUUUGAAAAUAGAAACAAUGCCGAAAUCGCUCAAGCAAAACUACACCAAAUACCGUUUCAUGGCGAACCAAUAAAAGUCAUAUUGAUACAGGUACCAAAAGUAUCCGAUGAAGACCGUUACUUACGCCCUCCAACGCCAACCAAACAGUAUUUAUUAUCGCCACCGACAUCACCACCGAUAGAUUGGGAACCUAUUACUGAAAGUGCGCCACAUGUUGAUUAUCAGUUGCUGACAGCCGUAACGGAGUUAGCUCCUGGUGAAGAACAUGAACUUCAUAAAGGUACAGCUACAACUCCAAGUGUAAUCGUCUUUUGCUGUGAAGAUGAU